AUGGACUCGUCACAUAGCGGCGCUGCGUCGGCAGCGGCUCCUUCUCCAUCUUCUGCUGUUGCUCCUCCCAAUGUGGAAGGCAACGUCAGCGAGUUCUCCCAGACAGUCGAUGUCAAGACCGACUCUUCACCACACUCUUCAGCAUCCUUACCGCCACCGUCACCACGCCCACCACCGCCACCAGCUUUCACACCUUCCCCUUCGCCGCCUCCACAGACAGCGUCGACGAGUGCAGCAGCUCACAGUGUUUCAAGCGCAUUGAAACGUUCACCUCGUUCGCCUUCUGCCAUCGACGCUACUCGCUCGCCCUCAGAUUUGCAUCGCAGCGAUUCAGCAGCCUCGAAUACUCCAUCGGCCAUCGACGAUGAGAGCGCACUCGACCCUUAUGAUGAGGCUUCUUCCAUCUUUGCAACCACCCCUUCUGCACGCAAGCAGAAGCUGAAAGUACAACCGCAACUGAUCGAGCAUCUUCCUCUCGCGGAGGAUGCAGCCAUGGCCACCUUCCAAGAGAUCACCUACAACGACUAUCACGACAAGAAGCUCGGCAGACCACCUGGCAAAUUCGACGACUACAUGAUCUGCGAUUGCAGUACUAAUAGUGAAAACCAAGAUCUGGCCUGCACCGACUACUCUGGCUGUAUCAACCGCAUGACUCAGAUCGAGUGCUCCGCUUCAAAGUGUCGCUGGGGCAAGCUGUGCCACAACCAGCGCUUCCAUCGACGCCAGUACGCCAACGUCGACAUCGUCCAGACCGAAAAGAAAGGCUUCGGUCUCCGUGCCUGCCAAGACAUACCCAAGGAGACGUUCGUUUACGAGUACGUUGGCGAGGUCAUGAAUCAACCCACAUUCCUGGAUCGUAUGCAGCAGUACCGUGUAGAAGGGAUACGACAUUUCUACUUCAUGAUGCUUCAGCCCAACGAAUACCUCGACGCGACCAAAAAGGGCGGUAAGGGGCGAUUCAUCAAUCACAGCUGCAAUCCUAACUGCUCCGUGUCCAAGUGGCAGGUUGGCAAACAUCUUCGAAUGGGCAUCUUUGCCAAACGCGACAUCCAAAAGGGCGAAGAGCUCACUUUCAACUACAACGUCGACCGCUACGGCAACGAUGCGCAGGAGUGUUUCUGCGGCGAGCCCAACUGUGUAGGCACCCUCGGCGGCAAGACGCAGACUGACCUCAGCGGCAUGGACGACCUCUUCCUCGAUGCUCUCGGCAUCUCGGACGAGGUUGAGCAGACCGAAGCCAAGGGGUCACGGCGAAAGCGCGGCAAACGACUCGAUCUCGAUUUCAUCCCGCAAAUGCGGCCCAUCCAGGAGCACGAAGCCACUCGCGUCAUGACGGCCGCCAGACAGGCCGGACCCAAGCGCGAGAUCCUCGAAAAGCUCCUACGCAGGAUGGAGAUGACCACCGAUGUCAAUGUGCAAAAGUCGCUCGUCAAGCUUCAUGGAUUCAUCCUCAUGCAGUUCUUGCUCGAGCAGUGGUGGAACGAUCGCGACAUUGUGCUCCUUAUCGUCAACGUUCUCGCACGAUGGCCGCUCAUCGCACGCAACAAGGUCAUCGAUUGCGGCGUCGAGGACCAAAUUCGCAUCGUUGCCGACACAUAUCGACCAAAAGCCGAGAUUUUUGAGGAAGACCGUAAGCCGAGCCUGGAAAUCAAGAGCGAAAUCAAGGCGGAGCUCACUGACGCCGACAACAACGGCGAUGCUGACCCUGGAUCAGCACCAGCGCCUGUGCUCAUCGGUGCGCCUCCAGCAGCUGACGCCGAGGUAUCUUCUCGCGCCGAGCACCUCCUUGGAGCAUGGAAGAAGCUCGAUAUGACGUACCGCAUCGCACGCAAGGACGCUAUCGACGGCGAAGACACCAAAGACGCUGCUGCAGUGACUACGUGGGUCGACCGCCGAAGAUUGCAGGAUCUCGAGGAUGCUCUUGACUUGGACCUCGCCCAGGCCCCUAAUGCAGUAUCUUCGGAACUAGGCUCGGCUCUCUCAGGCGAUCAAGAUCUGCGCGAGAGUCAGCCGACAUGGCAACCGCCACCCGCGCCUCCUUCGAUGGCAAAUAAUGCAGCUGCGAAGCGUUUGAACGGAUUCGGUCAUCCAAGAGCAUCGCCAGGCAGCUUCACGCCAAGUCGUCUUCAAUCUUCAGGUCAGAGCCCACUUACUCCGGAUCAAGUCGCUUCUGCUCUUUCGUCGUCUUUGGCCAAAUCGCUUCCCGGCCUUGUCUCGUCGCUCAAGCAACAAGGAAUCCAAUUGUCGCAACAGCAACAGCAGCAGCAGCAGCAGCCUACGCCACAGCCUGCUGCUCCGCAGGCAAAGUCGAUCGAGGACAUCAUUCGCGAGGCAAACGAACAAGAAGAGCGUGCACGCAAAGAGGCCGAAGCUGCCGCCAAAGCAGCGCGCGAGCUCGAGCUGAACGGUGGUCACACGAGCAGCGCUUCCCGCAAGCGUCCUUCCUCUUCGUCUCGUCACCCGGACAAACGAGUCAAGCACUCAUCGUCUUCGUCAUCGAGCCACUCAAAUCCGAAGCACAACUCGACCAGCGUCUCAACUGCGGUCUCGAGUGUCGACGCCAACGCGGGCGCUGCCGAGUUGGCAGCCAGCAACGAACGCCGAUUGCGCAAGCUGGUGGGCGAAAUCGUGGUACGUCAAAUGUCGAAACACAAGGACGAGUUGGAGCGCGAAAGCUUCAAGCGUCACGCCAAGGAGCUGACCAACGUGAUCGUGGGCAAGGAGAUGCGCAACCCGAAAUCGUGGCCUCCCGCACGAGGCGCCACCUUGACGGACUUGGCGUCGGACAAAAAGGCAAAGGUGAAAGCAUUUGCAAAAGAGUACAUUGACAAGCUCUUGGCAAGGAAAGGGAAGGGAAAGGGCUCAACUACGCCGUCGAACAACAACGAUGGCGUCAGCAGCAGCGUCAACGGCAGUGUAUGA